CGAGAGGCCCCGCCAUUUUUACACACAACCAGUCAGCUCGUGAUCCUACCUCGUUUUUAUGGCAGUAGAACCUGCCCUCGGCUCGCCCUUUCCAUGCGACUGCCGAGUGUGAGCGUGGCGUAGUACCGGCGUCAAUUCCCAGGAAAUACGGCAUCUCCCGUGUCCUUUGGCGACGCAUACCUGGCCGCGCAGCUCUGCUUCCGCAUCGCGCAGGCCUUCACCAGCGGGCGGAAGUCCGCGCCCGCAGAGUUCCGCGAAGUCGAGAGCCAGUUGUACUCGCUGAGCGCGGCGCUCGAGGGCAUCCGGGCUGCGAGCAAGGCGGGGCCGCGACUGGGGCCGGGCGCCUCGGCUUCGUGGGGCUCCGUGGACGACAUUGUGAAAAACUGCGGCGAGACUCUGAAGCACCUGGAGUGUAUCGUCAACAAGUACGCCGUGAUAAAAGACGAGCGGGACCCGACAAAGCCCGUAUUCAAGCAAUGGAAAGCCGACGUCUCCAAGAACUGGAAGAAGAUCGCGUGGACCAAGGAGAAGGGCGACCUGGCUUCGCUGCGGAACCAGAUAGCCGUUCACACCAACAGCUUGAACCUGGUGUUGGCUACCAUGACCAAUUCCCAGACGGGCCGCAUCGAAGACCAGGUCGGGCGGAGCUCCCAGAUGCUCGAGGAGAUCUACGCCUGGUACAAGGACAACCUCAGAGAUACGGUACCCCUGGAAAAGAAGACCAGUUUUGAGAGUUCUGAUGGCGAGUCGACCACGACCGCGCUACCGCCUCAUUUCGAGCUGCACCUCGAGACCGACCGGGGACUCCGGUUGGUAUGUCCCAGAACAUGCCUGACCCUGGAUAGUGCUUCGGUCCCGCGCAUUGGGAGUAGCUCGAGGGAACAGCUUGACGACAUUAGCCCAUUUUCUUGCAUAUGUAACCUUAAUGGCAAUGGACCUCAGCACCAGGCGUCUGUCGGGAGCUUUCAGAUGGCCCAUAUGACGUUCCCAAUACGCAGGGGAGGGUCCGAGAUGGAAUGGGUAAUCCACAAUGUGGCGGACGCAUCUUCCUCUCGUCUUGUGUCACUUCACAUCCGACGUGUUCCGGCCACCUUCAUUGCAGAGUUCGAGGAGUCCUUCAUCCGGCCACUCGCGAUGAAAGGAGCCGGGGAGAUCAUCCAGGGCGGCGAGGGCACCAUGAUGGCCUACGUUCAGCCCGGCGCUCGGCGCGAGGAUAGAGUGCGGCUGCUUUCCGUUGCUUCAGAUUUGGACAGGGUACAGCCCUUGGUCGACUCCGUCACCUUCACAAGCGGUCAGCGAAGCUACCCUCGUGACUCAAUCGACAGCGUCUCCAUGCUCCACUACAGCACCCUGGUCGAUGUCGCUGCCGGCGCCCUCGCUCCACACGACGUCCGGACGCUUCUGCCGAUGCCAUACGGGGAGAUCUUGAUAACUUUCGAGGAUAACGCCGACGCACUUGCCAGCAGCGAUGACUUACAAGCUCUCGUAUUGUUAAAACAUAACACGCAUUUGAGGUUGAGCCGAGAGGAUGCCAUGUUGAAACUCGAGAGCGUGGCUUGCAGCAGCUCCGCGAGCGGACUCAAUGACAAGCACGACGUCAUGGACGUGACCUUUCAGUUGACGACACCAGAAGCCGCCGCCGAGCUCCACAGGCGCGUCGAGGAGAUGCGGAUGGAGCUUUUCGUCUUGAGCCUCCAACACCCACAAGAGGGCGAGGAGGCGGUCUUGCACCUGCAAGUCAAACAGGUGCAGUGCGAGGACGUCUUUAUCCCCGAGGCCGAGCUCACCAUUCUGCGUAACGCGGGCACCGGGAGGUACCGCAUGAUUAUUGCGACCCGUGACCGGCGCAUCACUCUGAGCCAGAACCUUUCUCAGGAUUUCUUUGGCGGACAACGACCCAAAGCCGGUGACGGGAACGGCGGCCCCAUGCCGCCGACGUGGCUUGUGCAGUUCGAGGAGGCGGGAAGGCGCCGAGUCUACCGCUAUCACAGCGGCAUCAGGGGCUUGAGCUUCCGGGACGCACAUUCCAACAAAGUGUUGGAGCUGGCGCGACAUGCCAUCUCGAGAAGUCCGCCGUUGCGAGCCCCGGGUUAGGAACUCGGCUAGGGCCAUUGUGGCCUAGGUUCGCCGUUUGUGCGCGUGGGAAUCAGCAGACAUUGGGACUAGGCCAAGAUCUACCAGGUCAUGGGAGGAAUCUUAGCUGCCAUGAUGGCAAAGGCUGGCAGGCAGGCGUAUUGCUGUGACAAGACGGUUCCUAGGCGGCACGCCUCGCGUGAUCAAGGUUUCUCACCAAAUGGCAGGUUCUGGAAGGCGCAACUGCUUGGAAAGACACACGAAAUCCCUUGAGGCGUCCUGGAAAAGCUUCUAUCUUUCUACCACCACUCUUAGUUAACCCCCAACCGGCUCUAACACCUAACGUUAAGGCCAUUAAGCUGGAAAACCGCUAUAACAUGGACGAAGUGGGUUUCCAAGAAGGUAUGAAGUUUAACGAUAUCGUUUUAGGGCUUUAAGGGGCCCGGCCGUUGCAGAGAAAGCGCUUG